CACAACACUGACAUUUUACGUCCCCAUCAAAAGCAACAUUCGGAAACACUACGCGUGCAUAAUUUCUAGUCUAUGGGUUUCUCAAGGUUGGAUUUGACUUUAGACUCGCGUGAGGAGAUAAGAUGUAAAGUAAAAUUUCAACAUGUAAUAAAGAAAACUCUUCCAAAAAUUCACUUUUCCAAGGACGAGGCGGAGGCUCUGUUGAUCGUUUACUACAAACUGACCAAGAGAAGACCCAUGGACCGCAAAUACUUCAGGGACGUCAUGUUCAAGUUGUUUGACUAUUCCAACGACGUGUUGAUAGAGAGGAUAUACUCCGUCUUUGGAGAUGCUGCGAAUAAAACGGAGCUAACGAUGGAGUCUUGGGUGCUCGGGCUGUCCGUCAUCUGCCGCGGCACUCUCGAGGAGAAGAUCAAAUACUGCUUCACCGUCUACGACAUGAUGGGCGACGGAAUGCUGAGGAAAGACUUCAUGCUGAUCGCGCUCAAGAAUAACUUUCGUGACGACGAGAGCAAAGAACUCUUGUUGGACUUGAUAGAAACUCUCGUGAAGAAAAUGGACGUCGACAUGGAUGGAGUAAUCAGUUACGAAGACUACAGAAAUUCCGUGUUGAAGAACAACUUCCUGCUGGAGCCGUUUGGCUACUGUGUGCCUUCUAGAGCCGCGAUAUACACAUUCCUGACCACCAUGACUAGUCUGGUGACGACCAUGCAUUCAAACAAGACCAGCCGUAGCAACCUCGAACUGGUACCCUCUAAAACCAAGUUUACUAAAAUGUAAAACACGAAGAUGCGGAAUUUCGUUUAGGCUACGUACAAAAGUUCAAAAACAUCGGCGCUAUGAGCUUCGUCACAAUUGUUCUCUCCGUCCAGUGAAAAUUGUUAAAAUCCUCUACCUACUCUAAAAAAUGCAAGCCUUUUUGCAAUGA